CUCCACUCAUACCACAUCAAGAUAACAGUUACACAAGCUCAAUUGAUUCUCCUGAACCUCCUACCACAACUUAUCAUUCUCACAACACCACCACAAUGGCACCCCGCGCCCUGAUCUCCGCUUUGCGUCCCAUCACCUCCUCACUCAUCACUCGCCGCGCACUCUCCACAACACCGCGCAUGGCAUUGAAGGAAGACGGCAACCGCACACCAGAUGAGCUCGAGCAGAAGAAGCAGGAGCAGUUAAAGGAGCAGAAGGAGGGCAAGGGCCGAUGGCGCGAGGACCUCGCCAGCUCGGGCGAGAGCAACAUCGCAGCCGAUAAGCAGAACGUCAACGAUCACGACAGCCAUAUCAAGGAGCUGCAGCAGGAGGGCAAGAAGAAGGGCGAGAAGGGCGAGUUGUAGAAGCAAAUCUAUGUAUGUGGAAGAAGAAAGCAAGCGAAUUUCUCAACGACAGAUGAACCAGCAUGAACGAAUGUUUCAGCGCGGUGUCAAUAUCCAAACCAAUCGAUCAAACUUUCAAAAGAGUUCUGAC